AUGGCUGCUUUGCCUGUUCCCUGCCCAGUGCGAUUAGGCAUCGUGAAGAAUGGAGGCCUACCUGCUCAGUUGCAUAGGUACACCAUGGAGAAGAAUCUGCACAAGAUGGAGAAGCUGCUCAAGAACGGUAAAACAAAACUUUAACACAACAGUAAUGUUGCAUGAGUAAGCAUUUUUCAUCCCUAUCAUAGACCGUAUAUUAAUGAUCCCUGAACCAGAAUCUGGCUUUACAGGAGACGUUGAUAUGUAGAAAAUCGGCCUUCAAUUUGCCAUUCACCAGCUUUUCAAGAUUCAUGUCAAAAUACGUUUGUUACUCACAAAAUGUGGAGUUGCGAUUAGCAACUAUUGUCAAUUACUGCCUUCCCUGCCGGCAUUUACUUCCAAAAAAGGUCUAAAUAAAAAUGUACAUGUAACUGAAAAUAAAUAAUCUUCGGCACGUUCAAUGUAUUGAUCUGUUGUAGAUUUCCGACCUGUGCAUUGCAAUAAGGUUAGUGCUAUCCGGGAUCCAUGAUGUGAGCGAUUUAUAUUGGAGGUGCACAAUAGCCAUUAUUUCAGUGGAUUGUACUUUUUUUUUUGGACCUUUUUUGGAAGUACAUACUGGCCGUGAUGGCAGUAAAUUAUGAUAGUUGAUACUCGUAACUUCAUCAUUUGUGAGUAACGAAUGUAUUUUGACAUUAUUAAGCUUAAAAAGCUGGUGAAUGGCAAGUUCAAUGGCUGCUUCAUGGGCUUAAAGGACAUAAGCCAUAUCAACGUCUCCUGUAAAGCCAGAUUCUGUUUCAUAUGAUCCCAAUCUACUAGCACCUACCCAGUGAGCUUGACAGUUAUGACUAAAUGGCUACCUAAUGAAGUUCAUCAAUUGAAAGCAGUUCUGAUGCUGUGCUCUAGGUGUGGAUGUGGACUGUGUCAAUCACUUGGGCCAGACACCUCUGUUCUGUGCAUCUCUCCUGGGCCUGGGAAGUGUCACUGAGCUGCUUCUGCAAUUUGGAGCUGACCCCAACUAGUAAGACUGACAAGUCAUUCACACACUGCACAUGCUCUUUUUUGACACAAAAUAGAUACUUAAAAGAUGUGUAAGCCUUUUAGUACAGCAUGUUUUGCGUGACACCAUACUGUGAGUGACCUAUUUUCCUGUGUAGUCGCUGUGAGGACAGGAGCACCCCCGUCCACGCUGCCGUGUUCUCCUGUAACCCCUGGCUGCUGAGCGGCCUGCUAGACGCAGGGGGGGACCUAAGGCUCCACGACCACAAAGGCAGGAGCCCCCGAGACUGGGCCGAGGUUGGGGCUCAGGAGCACAGCGCCAGGGUUAGUGCUCACAGCAUCAGGGUACAUUUUUAUCAUGGAGAAAUGAUCAGGUACAAACUGUAUACACUACAAAUCUCUCGCGCUCUCUCUGUCAUCCAGAUGCUUGAGUUCCUGAAGAGCUGUGUGACCCACAUGCACAGCCUUUCUCAGUCCCCCCAGCCCAGGGAGGUGCGCCGGACACCCUCCUCCACCUCUUCCAAGACCCUGCUGCGCUCCCCCUCUCUACUGGAGCUCCUCAAGUCCGGGUGAGCAGCCGGGGGGGAUCCUACAUUAAUACUUCCCAUUUUUUAGGGUUUGUUUUCUUAAAAUCUGUAUGUUAACCUUUCCCCAUUUCUCCCAUGUUGCAGUGGCUCUGACCUGCACCUCAACAGGAAGAUUACCAAGUCCUCUGCCUGUGACACAGUUCAAUGUUUUGGCUUUGGAAAGGUAUUUGCCUAAAACAGUGACGUCGAUGAAAGCCCAAAUAAGUGUGUGCCCACGUCAUAUUAGGAUUUGUCCCUAUAUCAUCAUACUGUUAGACAUUAUCAUAUAUAUAUAUAUAUAUAUAUAUAUAUAUAUAUAUAUAUAGUGGGGAGAACAAGUAUUUGAUACACUGCCGAUUUUGCAGGUUUUCCUACUUACAAAGCAUGUAGAGGUCUAAUUUUAUCAUAGUUACACUUCAACUGUGAAAGACGGAAUCUAAAACAAAAAUCCAGAAAAUCACAUUGUAUGAUUUUUAAGUAAUUAAUUUGCAUUUUAUUGCAUGACAUAAGUAUUUGAUCACCUACCAACCAGUAAGAAUUCUGGCUCUUACAGACCUGUUAGUUUUUCUUUAAGAAGCCCUCCUGUUCUCCACUCAUUACCUGUAUUAACUGCACCUGUUUGAACUCGUUACCUGUAUAAAAGACACCUGUCCACACACUCAAUCAAACAGACUCCAACCUCUCCACAAUGGCCAAGACCAGAGAGCUGUGUAAGGACAUCAGGGAUACAAUUGUAGACCUGCACAAGGCUGGGAUGGGCUACAGGACAAUAGGCAAGCAGCUUGGUGAGAAGGCAACAACUGUUGGCGCAUGUGGUCUGAUGAGACAAAAAUUGAGCUUUUUGGUCUAAACUCCACUCGCCGUGUUUGGAGGAAGAAGAAGGAUGAGUACAACCCCAAGAACACCAUCCCAACCGUGAAGCAUGGAGGUGGAAACAUCAUUCUUUGGGGAUGCUUUUCUGCAAAGGCGACAGGAUGACUGCACCGUAUUGAGGGGAGGAUGGAUGGGGCCAUGUAUCGCGAGAUCUUGGCCAACAACCUCCUUCCCUCAGUAAGAGCAUUGAAGAUGGGUCGUGGCUGGGUCUUCCAGCAUGACAACGACCUGAAAACACACAGCCAGGGCACCUAAGGAGUGGCUCCGUAAGAAGCAUCUCAAGGUCCUGGAGUGGCCUAGCCAGUCUCCAGACCUGAACCCAAUAAAACAUAUUUGGAGGGAGCUGAAAGUCCGUAUUGCCCAGUGACAGCCCCGAAACCUGAAGGAUCUGGAGAAGGUCUAUGGAGGAGUGGGCCAAAAUCCCUGCUGCAGUGUGUGCAAACCUGGUCAAGACCUACAGGAAACGUAUGAUCUCUGUAAUUGCAAACACCAGUUUCUGUACCAAAUAUUAAGUUUAGCUUUUCUGAUGUAUCAAAUACUUAUGUCAUGCAAUAAAAUGCAAAUGAAUUACUUAAAAAUCAUACAAUGUGAUUUUCUGGAUUUUUGUUUUAGAUUCCGUCUCUCACAGUUGAAGUGUACCUGGGACCACCCAUACACAAAAAAAAAUGUAUGCACGCAUGACUGUAAGUCGCUUUGGAUAAAAGCGUCUGCUAAAUGGCUUAUUAUUAUUAUUAUUAUUAUUAUUAUUAUUAUGAUAAAAAUUACAGACUUCUACAUGCUUUGUAAGUAGGAAAACCUGCAAAAUCGGCAGUGUAUCAAAUACUUGUUCUCCCCACUGUGUGUGUGUGUGUAUGUGUAUAUAUAUAUAUAUAUAUGAUAAUGUCUGAGUUUAUUUCGAUAAAAGCGUCUGCUAAAUUGCAUAUAGUGUGGUACAUUUUGGAAUGGCAGUAUUUUGUGUCUGGAUGAGAGUGAGUGAGUGUUUUCUUGCUGGGCUCAGUUGUGUAUAGAUAAGCCGGGACAUGCAUUGGGCCUUCUGGCCUCCCUGCCUGUGAUUGGGGACAGUGAGUUAGGGCAGGCGGACGACGAACCCCUUCUCUCCUUCACAUGUGGCUCCUUCAUUACCAUGACCAAGUAAGACUACUGGGGCCUGGAACCACGUCUUAUAUAACUCUUAUGGGAUUGCAUCAAAUAAGAAGCUACAGACAUAUUUUUUUCACUAAACUGGUUGUUCCAUCUGUCAGUUACAGCUGGAAGGGCUGCAGGGUCACUGUGAAGGAGCUGCAGUCCCUCUCCUCUCCACAAGGGGGCAGCCAAGAGGCCUACCUGGACCUGAUGCUCAUUGAGCUGGAGUACUGCAGGUGAGAAGAUGACGACAGUCUGUUUGAACUGUUUAAACCCCUUAAAAAUGGUAGUUGAUUUGACUGCUGCGUUGUUUUCUCAAGUGUUCCUCCAAAUAAGUAUUUAGCCUAAAGUACACCUGUCAUUUCAAUGCUAUUGAUGCUGUCUAGGGAUAUAGGGCAUAACCCAGUAACUGCUGUGUGACUGUCUGUCUGUAGUCAGCUGUUCCAUCCCUACCUGCUGCAGUUGAUGGCAGUGAGCAUGUCCAGUGACCUGCUGAGGGUCCGCCUGGUGUAUGAGAGGGUCCAGGUGGGCUCUCUGCACAACUUGAUGCACCAGAGGGUAAUCCCCACCACACAUACACACUUUCAACAUUUAUCUGUGUUUUGUACUUACAUAUUUGUUAAAUUGAAUGAAUGUGUAUUUGUUCUCCUCACCAGCGUGCUGAGUUUCCAGUGCUGCGUGCUGAGACCAUGCUGUUGGUGGUGCUGCAGGUGUGUGAGGCUCUGCUCUACCUGCACGGUCGGGCCCUGGUGCUGCGAGCGCUCUCCUCUCACAGCGUCCUGCUCACACACCCUGGCGUGGCUAAACUCUCUGGCCUCGGCUUCAUGGUGCCCAGGUAGGAAGAAAAGGAGAAAACAACACACAUGCUGCCCAAAACUUGCACUACUAGCUCUUUGUUUUUCCUGUACAACUUUUCAGUUGUAGUCCAUGUGCCUGCAAUGACAUACUGAACAUUAUUCCUUAUGGAUGGUAAGUAAUAAAUAUUGGUCUGUGUGUCCUGUUCUUCUCCCAGUGACAAUAGUCACCCCAGACCCUCGGCCCACCUGCCCCUGCCCCCAGGCCUGUACAACUGGGCCGCCCCUGAGGUGAUCAGACGGAGACCCUGCACGGGGAAGGCUGACCUCUACAGCCUGUGUGCCCUCAUCCAGGAGCUCUAUACAGGUAGCUACUCCAAUGUAUGUUGUCCACUGCAGCAGUGUGUGCAUAUUUGCAUAUGUGUGACCUUGGGGUGUGUGUAUUCUACCGUAGACUCAGUGCCGUGGGGCCCGGUGGACCCUCGUUGGAUCAGGCAGACUGUAGAGUCAGGCCAGGCCCUGGCUACAGAUUCCAGUGUGCCCCAGCCUUACUACGCCCUGGUUAGGGUGGGCCUGCAGCCCCGCCCCCAGGACCGCACACACAGCCUGCAGGACUUACGCUACACACUGCGCCAAGACAUCAAGGUACAGACUGCAGCCUAGCCACUCAGCCAACAUAAGCAAUGGUUGGUGUUGUAAAGGUGGCAUCAGCCUCACAUGACUGUUUCUGGAUUUGUUAUUAUGACCUCUCUGUGGUGAUCCUGGUACUGUGUGUGUGGUAGGAGCUGUCCAAAAUAGGGGGGAGGAGGAGUGGGCUGUACACAAACAUAGGAGGAGGACUCAGGCCUGCAGGCUGGAGUCCAGAGUCCGCCCCAGUCAAGGAGCCUGCAGAUGCUGGUGGUGAACACAGCACACACAAAACACCCUGAACAAUACACAUACAUUAAAAAAAAAUAAAAUAAGGUUUUAUCCAUGUAUUUUCCCUUCUUUCUCUCUCAGGCCUCAGGCCUACCACCUACGCUGACGCACAGGAAGGUUCUUUAGGCAGUUCCAUGGACACCACAGUGGACAGGGAGAUCAAGGACCAGCUCAGCCAACUGGACAAACUGCUGGACAGAGAGACCGAGACAGGGGGAGAAGGGGGGAUGACAACAGACUCUGAACAGCCCCUAUUCCACCGUGACAUCUCUUUUAGGGACAUCCUGCCCCUGGAUGACUGGCGCCUGUGCUCUGUUGUGCCAUCGGAACCCUACAGCAGCCAGGAAGAAGAGUCUGACUCCAGCACUGUAACGGAGGAGGAAGAUGAAGAGGAGGAGAGGACAAUUAUGAAGGAGAGAGCUGUUCAGCCAGAGCGCCCAGUGUCCAAAAAGCUCUCAGAGCACAUCAGCUCCAUCGUCCUCAACCUCAAAGUCUCCCAGGUACUGUUGCAGCAGUCCGAGUGCAACCUGGCCGACGUGGAAACAGGCCGUUGUCGACGGGAGCCGGUCGAUGAGGUGGACGGAGGGGCGGAGGGAAAAGAUGCUCAGACCCCCCACGUCACCUCCUCAGCCUCCAUCUCCCUCUCCUCCACUCUCUCUGGGUCGGCGUGUAGUUACAUGUCCCGUGCAGUGGGGCCUCCCUCACAGUACCGCCUCCUACCACAUGGUGUCCACCCCUCAGCCAAGAGACUGGAGGCCCAGCUACUGAAGAGAGGGGAGUCCAGGCCGCUCAGUGCUGAGGAGCUGGCCGCGUGGCAGAGGGAGUAUCCUGCUGAGGAAUACCCUAAUCUGGAGUGCACUACUCUGGAGUGCCCUUCGGAGGAGUACCCUACUUUGGAGUGCACUACUUCGGAGGGAACCGGCAGCGAGGGCGAGGAGAUGAGCCACUAUAGCUCGGCUCAGGAGAACAGCUUCGUCAACAUGCGCCCCAAAAGGCAGCAGCAGGUAGCACACCACCACGAAUUGCACCCUCUGGUGUUACACACACAAAACUGCAACUCUGAGUCUCGCAAAAGCAGCAUGAUUGGAUGAAGAAUAUAUUCCCAUAGUACAGUUCGUCACAACUAUAGCUCUUCCCAGGUUGUGUUGUGACUGUCAGAGUGAGUGACUGCUGUCUGUCUGGUAGGCAGGUAGAGAUAGAGGCUCCAGAGAGACCGAGAGAGGAGGUCAGCAGGCAGAGACAAAGCAGCAGUCAGUGGACAGACAUGAACUCACUGACAGGUACAGAACACUGGCAAAAGCAGCACUGCACUCCACUCUUAACGCCAUACGGUAGAAAGUACAAGUGUGGGAUAUAAAACUUGCAGUGGCCUUAUUUAGUCAAACUAUAUGGUAGGGACAAUUGUGCAAAUCUAACCCAAAAUUUGGGAUAUUUUUAAAAAAUUACUAGGACUCAGUGACACCACUUUACGUUUUGUUGUUUGCGUGUUUGACACCCUGCUCCCUCUGCCUCAUCCCAGGAUCUGUCUGUCCUCUGAGGGGACAGAUUCUCUUGAGGAUAGUCCUCCUCCACAGCCCAGAAAGCCUGAGCUCCCAGCCAAGGCCAAAUGGACCAGUGAGAUUUCACUAUAUUAUACACUGAACAAAAAUAUAACAGCAACAUGUAAUGUGUUGGUUUCAUGAGCUGAAAUAAGAUCCCAGAAAUUGUCCAUACGCACAAAAUAGCGAGCAUUUAUUCUUUGCCAAGAUAAUCCAUCCACCUGACAGGUGUGACAUAUCAAGAAGCUGAUUAAACAGCAUGAUCAUUACACAGGUGCACUUUGUGCUGGGGACAAUAAAAGGCCACUCUAAAAUGUGCAGUUUUGUCACACAACACAAUGCCACAGAUGUCUCAAGUUGAGGGAGCGUGCAGUUGGCAUAAUGACUGCAGGAAUGUCCACCAGAGCUGUUGCCAGAUAAUUUAAAUGUUCAUUUCUCUACCAUAAACUGCCUCCAAUGUUGUUUUAGAGAAUUUGGCAGCAUGUCCAACCGACCACACAACCGCAGACCACGUGUAACCACUGCAGCCCAGGACCUCCAUCUGGCUUCUUCACCUGCAGGAUCUUCACCUGAGACCAGCCACCCGGACAGCUGAUAAAACUGGGUUUGCACAACCAAAUAAUUUCUGCACAAACUGUCAGAAACCGACUCAGAGAAGCUAAUCUGUGUGCUCGUCGUCCUCACCAGGGUCUUGACCUGACUGCAGUUCGGCGUCGUAACUGACUUCAGUGGGAAAAUGCUCACCUUCGAUGGCCACUGGCACGCUGGAGAAGUGUGCGCUUCACGGAUGAAUCCCGGUUUCAACGUAACCGAGUAGACGGCGUGUAUGGUGUCAUGUGGGCGAGCGGUUUGCUGAUGUCAGCGUUGUGAACGGAGUGCCCCAUGGUGGGGUUAUGGUAUGGGCAGGCAUAAGCUACGGACAACGAACACAAUUGCAUUUUAUCGAUGGCUAUUUGUAUCCACAGAGAUACCGUGACGGGAUCCUGAAGCCCAUUGUCGUGCCAUUCAUCAGCCGCCAUCACCUCAUGUUUCAGCAUGAUAAUGCACAGCCCCAUGUAGCAAGGGUCUGUACACAAUUCCUGGAAACUGAAAAUGUCCCAGUUGUUCCAUGGCCUGCAUACUCACUAGACAUGUCACCACCCACCAGCAUGUUUGGGAUGAUCUGGAUAGACGUGUACGACCGCGUGUUCCAGAUACCGCCAAUAUCCAGCAACUUCACACAGCCAUUGAAGAGGAGUGGGACAACAUUCCACAGGCCACGAUCAACAGCCUGAUCAACUCUAUGCGAAGGAGAUGUGUCGCGCUGCAUGAGGCAAAUGGUGGUCACCCCAGAUACUAUAUGGUUUUCUGAUCCACAUCCCUACCUUUAAAAGGUAUCUGUGACCAACAGAUGCAUAUCUAUAUUCCCAGUCAUGUGAAAUCCAUAGAUUAGGGCCUAAUUCAUUUUUCAAUUGACUGAUUUCCUUAUAUGAACUGUAACUCAGUAAAAUCUUUGAAAUUGUUGCAUGUUGUGUUUAUAUUUUUGUUCAGUGUACAUGCAUUAUACCAAAGUUACAGUUCACAGAACAGUCUUUACAUCUUAUUACAGUUCUGACCCCAACUUCCUUCAAAAUUCCUCGUCCUCUCAUAGGUGAGGUGUCAGAGUUGGUGGCCAGGAUGACCCGGGGGCGUCUGGGGGUGGCUGUGGGCCCCCCUGCCAGCAGUGACAGUGAGGAGAUGGAGGACAGACAGGGGCUUGGGCCAGCGGUGGGACCCCCCAGACCCAGACAGGACCCUCUGGGGCGCAGUGACAACGGCUACAGGUCCUCUCCAGCCCCCGCCCCUGCCUCACAGCCCCAGAAAGCUGCAGCUGAGGCCCUCGAAAGCAGCUCAGAGCUGGAGCAGAUCUUCAAAAGCUUUGCAGGUGAUGCCACUGCAGCUGAGAAGCAUGCUAUACAGUCCUUAUGCUCAUAGAAGCAUAGUAGGAUAGGAUCAUAAAUUAUCUAUCCUCUGUCUCCGUAUCUCAUCUUUCUAUGCAGGUGUCCAGAGUGAGAGUGAAGAGGAUGCAGAUUUCCACACAGUGAACCGCACGUUCAAUAUGACGGGUGGAGUGUGGGAGGGUGCUGGACAAAGAGAGGUUAGAUGAGAGAAGCAAAACCUCAACUCUGGACCCCAUAGAGAACAUAAUCAUCAGAUUCUAUUAGUUAAAAUGUUACAUGCUCAGUGUUAUAAACCCUUGACCUUGUGUGUCCAGGAGGAGGGGACCUCUGAGUCGGACUACACCCAGUCUCCUGUGGAACCUUCAAGCAUGUUCUACACCCCCAACCCAGAGCAGAGGAACAACCCAUCCAGAGACAGCCAGGUCUAGUAGUUCUUAGUUAACGUAAUAGUUACAGUGCCUUCAAAGUAUUCAUACCCCUUGACUUAUUCAACAUUAUGUUGUUACAGCCUGAAUUCUAAAUGGAUUACCCCAUAAUGACAAAGUGAAAACCUGUUUUAUAAAUUUUUGCUAAUGUAUUGAAAAUGAAUUACAGAAAUAUCUCAUUUACAUAAGUAGUCACACCCCUGAGUCAAUACUUUGUAGAAGCACCUUUGGCGGCGAUUACAGCUUUGAGUCGUCUUGGGUAUGUCUAUCAGUUUUGCACAUCUGGAUUUGGGGAUUUUCUCCCAUUCUUCCUUGCAGAUUUUCUCAACCUCUGUUAAGUUAGAGGAGUGGCGGUGAACAGCAGUCUUCAAGUCUUUCCACAGAUUUUCAAUGGGAUUCAAGUCUGGGCUUUGGCUGGGCCACUACAGGACUUUCACAUUCUUGUUCUGAAGCCAUUCCAGCAUUGCUUUGGUUAAAUGCUUGGGGUCGUUGACCUGUUGGAAUGUAUAUCUUUUCCCCAGUCUGUCGUUUACACUCUGAAGCAGGUUGUCAUAAAGGAUUUGCUUGUAUUUGGCUCCAUUCAUUGUUCCCUCUAUCCUUACCAGUCACCCUAUCCCUGCUGCUGAAAAGCAUUCCCAAAGCAUGAUGCUGCCACCACCAUGGUUCACGGUAGGGAUGGUGUUAGAUGGGUGAUGAGCUGUGCCUUUUUCAGGCCAAAAGAGUACAAUUUGUCUCAUCAGACCACAGAAUCUUUUGCCUUAUGAUCUCUCUUUCACGUGCCUUUUUGCAAACUCCAGGUGUGGUGUCGUGCCUUUUUUCUCAGGAGUGGCUUCCAUCUGGCCACUCUCCCAUAAAACCCAGAUUGGGGAAGUGCUAUAGAGACUGUUGUUCUCCCAUCUCAGCCAAGGAACUCUGUAGUUCUGUCAUUGGGUUCUUGGUCACCUACCUGACCAAGGUCCUUCUUGCCCGUUUGCUCAGUUUGGUCGGACAGCCAGCUCUAGGCAGAGUCUGGGUAGUUCCGUAUUUUUUCAAUUUCCCAAUGAUUGAGACCACUGUGCUCUUGGAAACUUUCAACACUCUAGAUCAGGGGUGUCAAACGUCCGGCCCGCGGGCCGGAUCAGGCCCGCAAACGGGUUUAAUCCGGCCCGCGAGAUGAUUUUGUAAAGUAUAAAAAUGAGCUGCAAUUUUUCAAUAAAAGAAACUGCUGUUCCAAUUGUGUCCACUGGAUGGCGCAAUAGCAAUUGUGUUAAGCAAGCAAACUGUUUAUACCGGGGCAGAGCAAAUAGGUCAAGCAAGUGCAGCCAGUCCGAAUGAGCUACUUUGUUUUGUCCGCGAUAUUUAUUACGGCUUCUACUUUUAACAUUAUGUGCUUUGGCACCCUCAUUGCCCCAAUAUGUCUCUGUCAAAAAAGAGAAAAGUGGACGCAGAGUGCAGAGUGUUCCAAGAAAAAUUGUCAUCCUUCUAUUUAUUCACGGAAUUGAAUGGGAAAGCUGUAUGUUUGGUGUGUUCACAGCAUGUUGCAGUGCUGAAAGAAUAUAACCUUCGUCGCCACUAUGUGAGUCUUCAUGCCGACAAAUAUGACAACUUUCAAGGACAGCGGAGAAGAGAGAAGGUGAAUGAACUGUUGGUGGGUCUGAAGAAACAGCAGUCUGUGUUUACUCACAGCCGAGACAUCAGUGACGCUGCAGUGAAAGCUAGCUACCUCAUUGCUAAUGAAAUCGCAGUGGCUUCAAAACCAUUUAGUGAGGGUGAAUUUGUAAAAACAUGCAUGAUGAAGGCAGCAGAGAUUGUGUGCCCUGAAAAGCACCAGGCUUUUGCAAAUAUCAGCCUGACAAGAAACACAGUUGCAGACAGGAUUUCCGAUCUUUCAGUGGAUUUGGACAGCCAGUUGAAGCAAAAAGUAAAGUCAUUUAUUGCGUUUUCGGUUGCAAUUGAUGAAAGCAUGGACAUUACAGAUGUUGCACAACUGGCCAUUUUCAUCCGCGGAGUUGAUGACACAUUGACCAUCACCGAGGAGUUCGUGGAGUUGGUGCCGAUGACAGAUACAACGACAGCAGCUGAUAUUUUCACUGCACUCGUCGGCGCGCUGGACCGGGUCGGAGUGGACUGGUCCCGCGCUGUCAGCCUGGCUACAGAUGGUGCGCCCUCAAUUAUCGGGAAAAAAGCAGGCGUUGUGACAAAGUUCAGAGAGAAAGUGCAAUCUGCAAAUGGAGGACGUGAUUUUUUGACUUUUCACUGUAUUUUGCACCAGGAGGCUUUGUGUUGCAAGUCAUUAAAGAUGGAUAACGUCAUAAAGGUGGUCAUCCAAACUGUUAAUUUCAUCCGAUCCAGAAGCCUGAAUCACCGUCAGUUUGACAGCCUUCUCAGAGAGAAAGACCACAUCUAUGGCCUGCCAUACCACACUGAGGUAAGAUGGUUAAGCCGAGGUGCUGUGCUGAGGCGUUAAUUUGAUUUACGAGAAGAAAUUGAACAGUUCAUGGAAGAAAAGGGCAAACCAGUGUUAGAAUUUAAUUCCGCAGAAUGGAUGCAGGACCUUGCAUUUAUGGUGGAUGUUACAGAGCACCUGAAUAACUUGAACAAACAGCUGCAAGGGCGCAACAAAGUUGCCACGCAGUAUUAUGACAGCAUACAUUCUUUCAAGUUGAAGCUGUCAUUGUGGGAGACGCAACUCGCCGGUGGUGAUGCAGCUCACUUCCCCUGUCUGAAAAAUGUGUGUGCGACCCAACAUGUGGCAGACAUGAAGCGGUUCAAAGAUAAAAUAACGGGACUGUUACGGGAGUUUGAGCAACGCUUUCAGAUUUUUGGUGAACUGGAGAAAGACUUCAAAGUUUUUUGUUCGCCAUUCACCGUGAAUCGCUCUGAUCUGCCCGUCAGCAUCCAACUUGAAAUAAUAGACUUGCAGUGUGACUCGGAUUUGAAGGGCAAAUUUGCCGCAGCUGGCUUGGACACAUUUUAUCAGAAUCUCUUGCCAGGUUACCCCAACUUGACAGCCCUCGCUGCAAAACUGUUGUGCAUGUUUGGAACCACAUAUCUUUGUGAGCAAGUUCUCUGUAAUGAGCAUAAAUAAAACAAAGCUGCGCUCAAGGCUCACGCACAAGCACUUGAAUCACAUCCUGAAGUUGGCUGCCACUCAGGAUGUGACGCCUGAUAUUGAUGCGCUGGUGAAAGCUAAAAGAUGCCAGGUAUCAGGAGUCAAAUAAACUAUGCAACCCCACUUAAAGUGCUGCAUGAGACACCCUGAUAUAGUUCUGUGAUAUACUUCUGUGAAUCACUGAGGCAUUGUGUGUUUGUGUGUUUGUCCUCAGAAUUUCAAAUAACUUGAGGUGUUUUAUGAUUAAUAGUGAUGUUGUGCUUUUGGACACACUGUCCUCAGGCUCCAGCUUUAUGUUUAUGUUUUUAUGUUGAUGUGCUAUUGUUUUUAAUUGAUUUUAUUUUAUUUGUAUAUUUAACCUAUUCUUGACUCUGUGGUUCUUGCACUUGUUUGGGGAACAGGAUUUCAUUAUUUGUAUCUACAUUUCUGCCUGAGAAAUGACACCCUGAUAUAGUUCUGUGAUCUGUGAAACAGUUCUGUGAAUCACUGAGGCAUUGUGUGUUUGUUCUUUUUCUUUAGAAUUUUCAAAUAAACUUGAGGUGUUUUAUGAUUAAUAGUGAUGUUGUGCUUGUACUAUUUUGGACACACUGUCCUCAGGCUCCAGCUUUAUGUUUUAUGUUGAUAGUAUUAAAACAAAGAAAACAAUCUGAAGUUGUUGUUUUUAAGUUUUAUAUAUAUAUAUAUAUAUACCAUGAUUUUACCGGUCCGGCCCACUUGGGAAUAGAUUUUCCUCCAUGUGGCCCCUGAGCUAAAAUGAGUUUGACACCCCUGCUCUAGAUAUUGUUUUAUACCCUUCCCCAGAUACACUACAUGGCCAAACGUGUGUGUGUGGACACCCCUUCAAAUUAGUGGAUUUGACGAUUUCAGCCACACCCGUUACUGACAUGUGUAUAAAAUCGAGCACACAGCCAUACAAUCUCCAUAGACAAACAUUGGCAGUAGAAUGGCCCGUACUGAAGAGCUCAGUGACUUUCAACGUGGCACCGUCAUAGGAUGCCACCUUUCCAACAAGUCAGUUCGUCAAAUGUCUGCUUUGCUGUUAUUGUGAAGUGGAAACGUCUAGGAGCAACAACGGCUCAGCCGCAAAGUGUUAGGCCACACAAGCUCACAGAACAGGACCACCGAGUGCUGUAGCGCGUAAAAAUUGUCUGUCCUUGGUUGCAGCACUCACUACCGAGUUCCAAACUGCCUCUGGAAGCAACGUCAGCACAAUAACUGUUUGUCGGGAGCUUCAUGAAAUGGGUUUCCAUGGCCGAGCAGCCACACAAGCCUAAGCUCACCAUGCGCAAUGCCAAGCAUCGGCUGGAGUGAUGUAAAGCUCGACGCCAUUGUACUCUGGAGCAGUGGAAACGCAUUCUCUGGAGUGAGGAAUCACGUUUCACCAUCUAGCAGUCCGACAGACGAAUCUGGGUUUGGCGAAUGCCAGGAGAACGCUACCUGCCCGAAUGAAUAGUGCCAACUGUAAAGUUUGGUGGAGGAGGAAUAAUGGUCUUGGGCUGUUUUUCAUGUUUCGGGCUAGCCCCCUUAGUUGGUUCGAGCCAGGCCUAAUCGCCCAAUAUCAGUGCCUGACCUCACUAAUGCUCUUGUAGCUGAAUGGAAACAAGUCCCCACAGCAAUGUUCCAACAUCUAGUGGAAAGCCUUCCCAGAAGAGUCGAGGCUGUUAUAGCAGCAAGGGGGGGACCAACUCCAUAUUAAUGCCCAUGAUUUUGGAAUGAGAUGUUCGACAAGCAGGUGUCCACAUACUUUUGGCCAUGUAGUGUAUAUGCCUCGUCACAAUUCCAUUUCGGAGAUCUGCGGACAGUUUCUUGGACUUCAUGGUAUAGUUUCUGCUCUAUAUGUGAAAGCAAUAAUUUGAUAUUUCUCUGUCCAUUUUGUAUAUAAUCUAUACUGAACAAAAAUAUAAAUAACAAUUUUACUGCGUUACAGUACAUAUAAGGAAAUCAUUCAAUUGAAAUAAAUGCAUUAGGCCCUAAUCUAUGGAUUUCACAUGCCUAGGCAUGGGUGCAGCCAUGGGUGGGCCUUGGACGGCAUAGGCCCACCCACUGGGGAGCCAGGCCCAGCUAAUCAGCAUUUGUUUCUUCACCACAAAAGGGCUUUAUUACAGACACAUACUCCUCAGCACUCCUCAGACGAUCCUGCAGGUGAAGAAGCCGGAUGUGGAGGUCCUGGGCUGGUGUGGUUACACGUGGUCUGCGGUUGUGAGGCCGGUUGAACAUUCAAUUCUCUGGCAACUGCUCUGGUGGACAUUCCUGCAGUCAGCAUGCCAAUUGCAUGCUCCCUCAACUUGAGACAUAUGUGGCAUUGUGUUGUGUGACAAAACUGCAUAUUUUAGAGUGGCCUUUUAUUGUCCCCAGCACAAGGUGCACCUGUGUAAUGAUCAUGCUGUUUAAUCAGCUUCUUGAUAUGCCACACCUGUCAGGUGGAUGGAUUAUCUUGCCCAAACAGUUUGAGCUUCUACUUCUAAAAAUCCACCUUUCCAGAAAUAAGUCUCUGUUGCCGCUUGCUACAGACCCCCCUCAGCCCCCAGCUGUGCCAUGGACACCAUAUGUGAAUUGAUUGUCCCCCAUUUAUCCUCAGAGUUCGUACUGCUUGGUGACCUAAAUUGGGAUAUGCUUAACACCCCAGCCAUCCUACAAUCCAAACUAGAUGCCCUCAAUCGCACACAUAUUAUCAAGGAACCUACCAGGUACAACCCUAAAUCCGUAAACAUGGGCACCCUCAUAGAUAUCAUCCUGACUAACUUACCCUCUAAAUACACCUCCGCUGUCUUCAACCAGGAUCUCAGCGAUCACUGCCUUAUUGCCUGCGUCCGUAACGGGUCCGCGGUCAAACGACCACCCCUCAUCACUGUCAAACGCUCCCUAAAACACUUUAGCGAGCAGGCCUUCCUAAUUGACCUGGCCCAGGUAUCCUGGAUGGAUAUCGAUCUCAUUCCGUCAGUAGAGGAUGCCUGGUUGUUCUUUAAAAGUAAUUUCCUCUCAAUCUUAAAUAAACAUGCCACAUUCAAAAAAUACAGAACUAAGAACAGAUAUAGCCCCUGGUUCUCCUCAGACUUGACUGCCCUUGACCAGCACAAAAACAUCCUGUGGUGUACUGCAUUAGCAUCGAAUAGCCCCCGCGAUAUGCAACUUUUCAGGGAAGUUAGGAACCAAUAUACACAAGCCGUUAGGAAAGCAAAGGCUAGCUUUUUCAAACAAAUGUGCAUCCUGUAGCACUAACUCCAAAAAGUUUUGGGACACUGUAAAGUCCAUGGAGAAUAAGAGCACCUCCUCCCAGCUGCCCACUGCACUGAGGCUAGGAAACACUAUCACCACUGAUAAAUCUACAAUAAUCGAGAAUUUCAACAAGCAUUUUGCUACGGCUGGCCAUGCUUUCCACCUGGCUACCACUACCCCGUCCACCAGCUCUGCACCCUCCGCUGCAACUUGCCCAUGCCCCCCUCCCCCCCGCUUCUCCUUCACACAAAUUCAGACAGCUGAUGUUCUGAAAGAGCUGCAAAAUCUGGACCCCUACAAAUUAUCUGGGCUAGACAAUCUGGACCCUUUCUUUCUAAAACUAGCUGCUGAAAUUGUCGCAACCUCUAUUACUAGCCUGUUCAACCUCUCUUUCGUAACGUCUGACAUCCCCAGAGAUUGGAAAGCUGCCGCGGUCAUCCCCCUCUUCAAAGGGGAUGACACUCUAGAUCCAAACUGUUACAGACCUAUAUCCAUCCUGCCCUGCCUUUUCGAACGUUUUUGAAAGCCAAGUUAACAAACAGAUCACCGACCAUUUCGAAUCACACCGUACCUUCUCCGCUAUGCAAUCCGGUUUCCGAGCUGGUCAUGGGUGCACCUCAGCCACGCUCAAGGUCCUAAACGAUAUUAUAACCGCGAUCGAUAAUAGACAGUACUGUGCAGCAGUCUUCAUCGACCUGGCCAAGGCUUUCGACUCUGUCAACCACCGCAGACUAAAUAGCCUUGGUUUUUCAAAUGACUGCCUCGCCUGGUUCACCAACUACUUCUCAGAUAGAGUUCAAUGUGUCAAAUCGGAGAGCCUGUUGUCUGGACCUAUGGCAGUCUUAAUGGGGGUGCCACAGGGUUCAAUUCUUGGGCCGACUCUUUUCUCAGUGUAUAUCAAUGAUGUCGCUCUUGCUGCUGGUGACUCUCAGAUCCACCUCUAUGCAGACGACACCAUUUUGUAUACAUCUGGCCCUUCAUUGCACACUGUGUUAACAAACCUCCAAACGAGCUUCAAUGCCAUACAACACUCCUUCAGUAGCCUCCAACUGCUCUUAAACACUAGUAAAACUAAAUGCAUGCUCUUCAAUCGAACGCUGCUGGCACCCGCCCACCCGACUAGAAUCACUACUCUCGACGGGUCUGACCUAGAGUAUGUGGACAACUACAAAUACCUAGGUGUCUGGUUAGACCGUAAACUCUCCUUCCAGACUCGCAUUAAGCAUCUCCAAUCCAAAGUUAAAUCUAGAAUCGGCUUCCUAUUUGGCAACAAAGCCUCCUUCACUCAUUCUGCCAAACAUGCCCUCGUAAAACUGACUAUCCUACCGAUCCUUGACUUCGGCGAUGUCAUUUACAAAAUGGCCUCAAACUCUACUCAGCAAAUUGGAUGUAGUCUAUCACAGUGCCAUCCGUUUUGUCACCAAAGCCCCAUAUACUACCCACCUAUGUGACCUGUACGCUCUUGUUGGCUGGUCCUCACUACAUAUUUGUCGCCAAACCCCCUGGCUCCAGGCCAUCUAUAAAUCACUGCUAGGCAAAUCCCCGCCUUAUCUUAGCUCAUUGGUCACCAUAGCAACACCCACCCGUAGUAUGCGCUCCAGCAGGUAUAUCUCACUGGUCAUCCCCAAAGCCAAUACCUCCUUUGGCCACCAUUCCUUCCAGUUCUCUGCUGCCAAUGACUGGAACGAAUUGCAAAAAUCUCUGCAGCUGGAGACUUAUCUCACUCACUAACUUUAAGCAUCAGUUGUCAGAGCACCUUACCGAUCACUGCACCUGUACACAGCCCAUCUGAAAUUAGCCCACCCAACUACCUCAUCCCCAUAUUGUUAUUUAUUUUGCUCAUUUGCACCCCAGUAUCUCUAUUUGCACAUCAUCUCUUGCACAUCUAUCAUUCCAGUGUUAAUACUAAUUGUAAUUAUUUUGCACUAUGGCCUAUUUAUUGCCUUACCUCCAUAACUUGCUACAUUUGCACACACUGUGUAUAUAUAUAUAUAUAUAUAUAUAUAUAUAUAUAUAUAUAUAUAUAUAUAUAUAUAUAUAUAUAUAAAUGUUUUUUUUUUACUUUGUUUUACCCCAUAUGUAACUCUGUUGUUUUUAUCGCACUGCUUUGCUUUAUCUUGGCCAGGUCGCAGUUGUAAAUGAGAACUUGUUCUCAACUGGCUUACCUGGUUAAAUAAAGGUUAAAAAAAUAAAAAAUAAAAAAAUCUUGCCUAAGGGGAAAUGCUCAUUAACAGGGAUGUAAACAAAUUUGUGCGAAAUCUGCUUUUUGUGCAUAUGGAAGUUUUGUGGGAUUUUUUUAUUUCAGCUCAUGAAACAUGGGACCAACACUUUACAUGUUGCGUUCAUAUUUUUGUUCAGUGUAGAUCAUGCAUUCUAUUGUACUUGGUACUGUUUCAUAGAUUUUCUGACGUUUUCUUGCUUGAUCAUGUGACAUGCAAUUUUCCUUGAAAUAGAAGCCAGGUGUGUGUGUGCCAACGAUUUACACUGAUGGCCUGAGGCCGAAACGUUUGUUUUCACUUUUUUCAUUUAUGCACUUUCUUGCACAGAGUAUAAUUUUUUUAGACACCAUGACGUUUUAAUAAACAAUUGUUUUGGAUUUAUUCCUUUUUUCGACAGUGUGCGGGUCUCCAUCUCUUCCAAUAGUUUCUGCUCUGGCAUGCACUGUCAACUGUGGGACCUUAUAUCGACAGGUGUGUUUCUUUCUAAAUCAUGUCCAAACUAUUUAAUUGUCCACAGGUGGACUCCAAGUUGUAACGACGUCAAGGAUGAUCAAUGGAAUUUUGAUGCACCUGAGCUCAAUUUGGAGUGACCUAGCAAAGGGGUGUGAAUGCUAAUGUAAAUUAGAUUUCUGUAUUUCAUUUUCAAUAAAUUUGCAAAAAAAUCUAAACAUUUUCACUUUGUCAUUAUGGGGUAUUGUGUGUAGAUGGGUGAGAAUCUACUUCAUCUAUUUUGAAUUCAGGAUGUAACACAACGUGUAAUAAGUCAAGGGGUAUGAAUACUUUACGAAGGCACUGUAUAUGGUAUAACAUAACGUAGGAGUAGUUAUUUAGCUAAUUAGUUAGUUAUUCAUGUAGUUACUGUAGUUGUUGGUUUCCUCUAACUGGUUGGUUUACUCCUGUCAGAGCCCUGUCAGCUCAGAGGAGGACCUGGAUGUGACAGUGGAGGUGUGCAGGGCUGCUGCCAGUAGGACCGCACCAGAGGAGCAGACACUGGAGACCAAACACAGGAGUAAGAUGGCUGUGUGUGUGUUUUGACACUCGAUUAACAAGAUUUUUUAGCAGUAUUACAGUUUGUAAGCCAUCGUAUUCACUGCUGGGUCAUUCAGGCAGUAGUAGAUGAGGACAGAUAAUAAACUGAUGUAGUGUUCAUUUCCCCAGAGUGUCAGCCUGUACAGGAGGUGUCAGAGGAGAUUGAUAUAAACCCCACUGUCAGUCAGCAUGCACCCUCUCCACUGGCCAGGUAGGAGCAGCACCAACACACUGAUGCUCCAUGGUAGAAUCAACUGUACAAUAUGAUUAUGUAAUGUAUUUAUUAUGUUUGUUGUCAAUAGAAGUUUCAGUGCAGAUUAAUGCUUAAGAUUUGUAAAUCCCUCUGUUAGAACCUGAUGGGAAUGUUGUUUAGGAGCUCUGAAAAGGGUGAGGCUGUAGUCCUGAGUAGGUCAGUUGGUAGAGCAUGGCGCUUGUAGGUUCGAUUCCCAUGGGGGACCAGUACGAAAACGUAUGAUUUUUUUUUUUUAUGUACUCACUACUGUAAGUUGCUCUGGAGAAGAACAUCUGCUGAAUGACAAAUGUAAAGAGUAGAUUGAGGUGUGAUGUAGUCAAGAACCAACAGUUCUUCUUUUGGGAGUAUGUCCACAUCAUGCCCAGUGUGCAACACUGAGUAUUUCAGGCACAGAUCUAAUUAUUCUGAGACACACUCUGCAGAUAGUCUGUAUGUAUGUAGUGCCUUCGGAAAGUAUUCAGACCCCUUGACUUUUUCCAUUGUUACAUUACAGCCUUAUUCUAAAAUGUAUUAAAUAAAUAAAAAUCCUCAGCAAUCUACACAAAAUACCCCAUAAUGACAAAGUGAAAACAGGUUGUAAGAAAUCUUUGCAAUUAUUUAAAAUAAAAGCAUACCUUAUUUCCAUAAGUAUUCAGACCCUUUGCUAUGAGACUUGCAAUUGAGCUCAGGUGCAUCCUGUUUUCAUUGAUCAUCGAUGUUUGUACAACUUGAUUGUCCAGCUGUGGUAAAUUCAAUUGAUUGGACAUGAUUUGGAAAGGCAAACACCUGUCUAUAUAAGAUCCCACAGUUGACCGUGCAUGUCAGAGCAAAAACCAAGCCAUGAAGUCGAAUUAAUUGUCUGUAGAGCUCCGAGACAGGAUUGUGUCGAGGCACAGAUCUGGGGAAGGGUACCAAAAUAAUUCUGCAGCAUUGAAGGUCCCCAAGAACACAGUGGCCUCCAUCAUUCUUAAAUGGAAGAAGUUUGGACCCACCAAGACUCUUCCUAGAGCUGGCCGCCCGGCCAAACUGAGCAAUCGGGGGAGAAGCGCCUUGGUCAGGGAGGUGACCAAGAACCCGAUGGUCACUCUGACAGAGCUCUAGACUUCCUCUUUUGAGAUGGGAGAACCUUCCAGAAGGACGACCAUCUCUGCAGCACUCCACCAAACAGGCCUUUAUGGUAGAGUAGCCAGACAGAAGCCCCUCCUCAGUAAAAGACACAUGACAGCCCGCUUGGAGUUUGCCAAAAGGCACCUAAAGACUCUCAGACCAUGAGAAACCAGAUUCUCUGGUCUGAUGAAACCAAGAUUGAACUCUUUGACCUGAAUGCCAAGCGUCACGUCUGGAGGAAACCUGGCACCAUCCCUACGGUGAAGCAUGGUGGUGGCAGCAUCAUGCUGUGGGGAUGUUUUUCAGCGGCAGGGACUGGGAGACUAGUCAGGAUCGAGGAAAAGAUGAACGGAGCAAAGUACAGAGAUCCUUGAUGAAAACCUGCUUCAGAGUGCUCAGGACCUCAGACUGGGGCGAAGGUUCACCUUCCAACAGGACAACGACCCUAAGCACACAGCCAAGACAACGCAGGAGUUGCUUCGGGACAAGUCUCUGAAUGUCCUUGAGUGGCCCAGCCUGAGCCUGGACUCUAACCUGAUCGAACAUCUCUGGAGAGACCUGAAAAUAGCUGUGCAGCAACGCUCCCUAUCCAAUCUGACAGAGCUUGAGAGGAUCUGCAGAGAAGAAUGGGAGAAACUCCCCAAAUACAGGUGUGCCAAGCUUGUAACGUCAUACCCAAGAAGACUCGAGGCUGUAAUCACUGCCAAAGGUGCUUCAACAAAGUACUGAGUAAAGGGUCUGAAUACUUAUGUAAAUGUGAUAUUUCUAAACCAGUUUUUGCUUUGUCAUUAUGGGGUAUUGUGUGUAGAUUGAGGAGAAAAAAAAACAAUUUUAAUAAAUUUUUAGAAUAAGCCUGUAACCUAACAAAAUGUGGGAAAAGUCAAGGGGUCUGAAUACUUUCCGAAGGCACUGUGUGUAUAUAUGUUUGUGUGUGUGUGUGUGUGUGUGUGUAUAUAUAUAUAUAUAUAUAUAUAUAUAUAUAUAUAUAUAUAUAUAUAUAUAUAUAUAUAUAUAUAUAUAUAUAUAUAUAUAUAUAUAUAUAUAUAUAUAGUGGUCUACUUGACCUGGCUGAUGUCUCCAGCAUCACGUGCUCACCCGCCCAGCACCAGGAGUGGUUGGGCCAGGAGAGACUGCACCCCAGCCCCCUGAACAGACGGCCUCCGCCCUGCUACAGCACCCCACGCAGCCCAGGUACCAACCAACCAACGCCACCCAGCUACCAGAGUGUUACACUUCAGCUGCACUAUACGCGUCGAGUUGCUUUGCCAUCAGCGUCGUGUCUGCUACACAGAGCGCGUUCUACCUGCUACACAGAGAGGGGAAGAGCAUCUAUUUUUCCCUACUGUACCAUAUUCAUCAAUUAUGCCUAAGUACAAUAGCUUUGGUCCAGUUUUUCGCAAGUACUCAUUAAAUUGUUGCUAGUGGUUGUACUAAAUGUUCCUCUAAUUACAAGUUGCUUUUGUUUACACAUUGAUAACAUAGUCAAUGUAGCUAGCUAGCUAGAGUUUCACUAGCGAGUAGCUUCUUGACUUCAUAAAUCUUAGUACAAUAACCAGUGGUGUAUAGUCGAGGCCCUAUGCAACCAAAAUCGACUUUAUUUCAAUUCAGAAGAUGAAUGAACGCGCGCUUCAACCAUCGAGAAUUGAACCUCUGCGAUUCUUGAGCUUUGACGCUGCCAUUGGACGUGACGCAACGCAAGCGCAACACUGGCAGUAUAGCAGCUUUAAUUAAUUUCAAAGGAAGCGUUCCCUCAAUGGCUGAUGGCAAAGCCGUACGCCCGAUGGCUGUAGUGUAGCAGGGCCGUUACUGGAGCUUCAGUUGUAGAAACCCUCCAGUUGCACCAUAAAAUUAAGCACUGCUCAAGAGUAGGCCCUGUGUGAAAUGUUGGAGAACAUACAGUACCAGUCAGUUCACACACCUAGCAUUGGUUCCAUGAGGGUGCGUUUAACACCAGGAGCACUACUUUUACACCUCUACGUUUACAAGUUGAAUUGCAGCAAGGUGUCACCUGUCACUGGUAUACUUGUUUUGGUUUGGUGCAGCAACUGCGCCCAACUACAGAGCCAUGGGGGUCACUGGGGAGCCCAUCCCCCCUCUGCCCAGCCUGCUGGACACCUCCACCUGGGGCAGCACCCGCUCCCUGCCUCCCCACACCGAGAGCUUCGCCACUGCCAGCCUGGAAGCCAGCAGCACGGUCAGAAUAGUCAUCACUCUCCCAGUCAGAACCAUGUUCAAUUAAUUAUUCCGACCUGUCCAAAUAUAUAGUAUGCCAGUGGCCACCAACCCUGGUCCUGGAGAUGUACAGGGUGUGCAGUUUUACCCAAUAGUUUCUUACCUUAAAUGUUGAGAUGUAUUUUGGCUGCUCUAUCUGCAGACAGACCUCUCCAGUGUGUCACAGUCACCCCUGAUGAGAGACUCCUCCCUCGAGGAGACUGACACGCCCACGGGCAUCCCAGAGUUCACCACGGCCAGCUCCGGAGAGAGACAGACCACAGGGCCCAGCCAGGAGGGGGUGGGCUCUACCUACACCGUACCCACCACCAGCCAAGAAAGGGAGGAGGAGAAGAACAUGGCGUGUCUAGAAGGGGAGAGAGGGAUGUCGCUGGCUGCUGACAGGGAAGAAGAGAUGGAGGAGGAGGAGGAAGGGGAGUUGGAAGGGUCCGAUCAGGGUGGCUGUGAUGGUGUGGAUGUCGACCCGAUGGAUGAAGAACCUCUGGAUGCUAGCUCUUCUGUUUUAGAGGGAGGUGAGGUGUUGUCUCCAAACAUGGUUCUGGAGGAGAGGGGGUGCAGGCUUUUAUAGAAGCCCUAUCCAUGUUAACCCAACAAAAAAUGUAUGUGAUGACAUUGAAUCAGUGUGGAAAACUGAUUGGAUUUGAAAAAAGUCAUCAACGUAAGGGAAUUCUUUUUUAUAUUGUUUUUGUUGUUGUUUUUUACUUAAGUAAAUCCAAUGUCAUUUUUUGAUUUCACGUUGAAUUCCCGUUAGUUGACAACUCAACCAAAUGUACAUCAGAACUGACGUCUGUGCCCAGUGGGAACUCACCUGAUUCAAUUAAGCAAGGUGUUGCUGAUCAGUUGAAUGUUAUUUUCAGUAACUGCAUUUCAACUAACUGACAUGAUAUUACUAUUAGAUUAGUAUGUCAACCCCAGACCAGUGUACUAUGUAUGUUUGGUGGUAGACUUGUGUUCAGUUAUAAACCUGUCUCUGCAGAAGAUGAACUUGUGUCAGAUGAGGAAGAGUUGCCUGACGAAGAGGAGACGGACCAUGAGGAUGAAGAGGUGAUUAAUGAUCAAUCGCUAAUUGGCGAAGAGGAUUCUGUGGCCAGUACAGAGCAGGCAGAGACAUCAGGAACCCACCAUGGCAGCACACACAGUGAAGGUAGUACACUGCAUUACAUCAGCAUUAUAAGAAGAAAAAAAAACUAACAGUAGCAAAUAAAGCUUUCUAAUAAGAAAUAGACCCAAAAGCAAUUUACCUCUGUGUUCAGAUGACCAUUCAGGCUGUGGUCCAGACACAGAGGGAGCUGCAGCGCCUGUACAGCAGAGCCAGUCCAAAGGCCUGUCUGGGGGCCCAGACUCACUGGAGGAGACUGACAGGUAGGCCUCACUAAACAUACAGUGCAUUCGGAAAGUAUUCAGACCCCUUGACUUUUUCCACAUUUUGUUACGUUACAGCCUUAUUCUAAAAAAUCCUCAUCAAUAUACACAGAAUACCCCAUAAUGACAAUGCAAAAACAGGUUUUUAGAAAUGUGUGCAAAUUUAUUAAAAAUAUAAAACAUACCUUAUGUAAAUACGUUUUCAGACCCUUUGCUAUGAGACUCGAAAUUGAGCUCAGGUGCAUCCUGUUUCCAUUGAUCAUCCUUGAGAUUUUUCUACAACUUGAUUGGAGUCCACCUGUGGUAAAUUCAAUUGAUUGGACAUGAUUUGGAAAGGCACACCUGUGUAUAUAAGGUCCCACAGUUGACAGUGCAUGUCAGAGCAAAAACCAAGCCAAAAUGCCUGCAGCAUUGAAGGUCCCCAAGAACACAGUGGCCACCAUCAUUCUUAAAUGGAAGAAGUUUGGAACCACCAAUACCAUUUCUAGAGCUGGCUGCCUGGCCAAACUGAGCAAUUGGGGGAGAGUCCUUGGUCAGGGAGGUGACCAAGAACCCGAUGGUCACUCUGACAGAGCUCCAGAGUUCCUCUGUGGAGGUGGGAGAACCUUCCAGAAGGACAACCGUCUCUGCAGCACUCCACCAAUUAGGCCUUCAUGGUAGAGUGGCCAGACGGAAGCCACUCCUCAGUAAAAGGCACAUGACAGCCCACUUGGAGUUUGCCACCUAAAGGACUCUCAGACCAUGAGAAACAAGAUUCUCUGGUCUGAUGAAACCAAGAUUGAACUCUUUGGCCUGAAUGCCAAGUGUCACAUCUGGAGGAAACCUGGCACCAUCCCUACAGUGAAGCAUGGUGGUGGCAGCAUCAUGCUGUGGGGAUGUUUUUCAGCGGCAGGGACUGGGAGACUAGUACAGACAGAUCCUUGCUGAAAACCUGCUCCAGAGCGUUCAGGACCUCAGACUGGGGCGAAGGUUCACCUUCUAACAGGACAUGACCCUAAGCACACAGCCAAGACAACGCAGGAGUGGCUUCGGGACAAGUCUCUGAAUGUCCUUGAGUGGCCCAGCCAGAGCCCGGACUUGAACCCGAUCUAAUAUCUCUGGAGAGACCUGAAAAUAGCUGUGCAGUGACACUCCCCAUCCAACCUGACAGAGCUUGAGAGGAUCUGCAGAGAAGAAUGGAAGAAACUCCCCAAAUACAGGUGUGCCAAGCUUGUAGUGUCAUACUCGAGGUCUCUGCCAAAGGUGAUUCAACAAAGUACUGAGUAAAGGGUCUGAAUACCUAUUUAAAUGUGAUAUUUCUGUUUUUGCUUUGUCAUUAUGGGGUAUUGUGUGUAGAUUGAUGAGGGGGAAAAAACUAUUUAAUCCAUUUUAGAAUAAGGCUGUAACGUAACAAAAUGUGGAAAAAGUCAAGGGGUCUGAAUACUUUCCAAAUGCACUGUAGCCCUGGCCAGGGGUCACCACUGUGCCUGCUUUUGUUCCAGCCCAACACUUACACAGUUGAUUCACGCCGAACAUCCAGGACCAGAGUUUGAGACCACUGUAUUGGGCACUAUUUCUGCCGUAUUUAUUCAUUGGCUAUAUUACCAGACUGGUGAUAUAAUACUAGAAGAGCAGUACCCCUAGAGUGGUAAAGUUCACAUGUGACAUAUACUCAGGCUCUCUCUCUCCCUCUACUCCAGAGCUCACUCCACUCUGGAUGAGGUGCUGCAGGGUAUGUUGGUGGAGAGGGCCGCUGGUCACAGGGUUCUGAGAUGUCCAGGUCUGGUUGCACACCCCAAACAACCGUGAGUGCCCAGCCAUUAGCAUAUAACCUUACAACCGAAUGGAAUAUCCACAGUUGAAGUCAGUCUAACAUAGUUUACUAAUUAGGUAAGUUGCAACUUGGGCCCAUACUUUUACAAUAGUGACUGUGUGAUCAUUACCAAUAUAUACCUGCUUCAUUCAUACUAUGGCCUUAUGAACCUAUGACCUAGUAGCCCUGAGAAGGUGCCUGAUGUGUCCAUCCACAACUGACCCAUGUUACUGUAAAGUGUGAAUUGGUGUCUUCAAGUGUUGUGUGGUAUGUUUAUGCCUUCACCUGUGGCCAGGCUGGGUGUGUGUGAAUCCCAGGACGAGGGCGAGGUGAGUGAGGAUGCAGGUUGUCCAGGAGGGGACCGUGCCGAGGUGGCAGAACGGAAGGGGGUCGACACCAAUGACUUGGUAGAACCAGCACCUGUCGCAGGUGAACAAAAGCACCCUCCCUUUCUCCUCAAUUAGUGACAAAUACUAGAGGUGUAAAAUUCUAACCAACUUUGUUUUGACAGAGAAGCUAGAGAUGGCUAGUCAUGGGACCUGGAGUCAGCCUCACAGGUAUAUGUAAUAGUGUGUAUAAAUUGUAAUACAUUUAAAAAUGUUACGUUUGUGCUUGUUAUAUUUGUAGAAAUAUAUAAUUAGCUUGCAUGCUUAAAGACUAGUGUUCAUAUGGUUCUUUAUGCCUGCAGGGUUAUUGUCCUGGAGCAGACUCCCAUCAAAAGCCUAAGUGACCCCAACCAA